CCCUUUGAAUGUUUGCAAAAAAAUAAAAGAAUAAAGAAUUAAUGUCAUUGCUAAGAAAUGUUUUACUGUCAUUUGGAACAAUUCUAUCAUUACAGUUUGUCGCCUCAAAAUAUAUUUCAGAUUACAGAUCGUUCGAUAUGGUGCCUGUUUAUUUAGAGGAAGAGGAAAGUGUAUAUGAAGAAUAUAGAAUAAAUGAUGAUUCUUCCAAAAACAAAACCGCAUGGGACAAAACCAAGCUCUGGGUUGUUAUUAGUGCUGCAUUAUCAGUAUUUUUCAUCAUUUUUCCAAUUCUGGUUUACUUAUUUUGCCCCAAUGCGUGUUGUUGUGGUUGUAAGCCCGUUGAAAUAAGACGUGUGAAUAAUUGACGGAGAUAAUAAAAAUAUUCUAACGAAUCUAAUGGAAGUGAACAAUAGAAUAACUUUAAGAUUUUCGUACAAACUUCAGUGGUAUGUAGAAACAAACUGAAAAACUGUCAGCCUAAUCUGCACGGUAGUUUCGGAGUUUAAAGAAAACAAACGUUAAUAAUGUAUU